AUAUAUACAAAAAAGAAGAGUGAGAUCAAGUCUCUAGCAACAGUUUCUCUUGAUAACAUUAUACUAAUGGAUCAAUCAAUGGAUUAUAUUCUAUAUGGUUUCCCAAUUCUUGAGGAAUUGACGUUGCAGUUUUCUAUGGCCAUAGAAGAGUGGUUCUGCUCAAUUUGAAUAUAAAGACAUUGGUACUUGGCAUUAGAUGGUUUGUAACAAGGACACAUGUCUCCUGUCCAACUCUCCUAUCAUUAAAUAUGUUUGAAACUGUGGAGGUCAGAGGUCUUGGAUAUUACAAAUGUAGCAUCUAUUGUUUAAGUGUCUGUCAAUUGUAUGGAAGAAUUUGACUUCGUAGAGUACAGGGAUUACCAAGAUAGGAGAAUAUUCUUCCAAACUAUUACGGGGGCCAAAUGUCUCAAGCUAUGUUCCUGGUUUGCUGUGUACACACUUCUCUUUUUUUUCACAACUUCUCUGGUAUAGUUAUGAUUUCUGACUCUAUUGAGGGAUAACUUAAAAGGUGAAUUUACUAACUAUGAACUUUUCUAUUCAAGAGAUAGAAUAUCAGUACAUUUAUGGACUAGAGGGAUUAUGGUGUUGGAUAUUGUCUUUAAUGCCUCAGGUUUUGGCAUCUACCAAUACUUCAUGUACAGUAUGCAAUCAGUGUUCCAAUGCUUUUGUUGCUUACCUUGUGGUAGUCAGGACAAGUCCUAGUUGAUAAAGUCAUGACUUUGGUUUUGUGCUUCUCUACUUCUCUUAAGAAAAAUUAUGGGAAAAGGAAAGAUUUAUUUCAAUGUCAUCAGAAUAACCCCCCUCAUGCUGUUUUCGUAAAACUCAGAGUGGUAGAUAAGACAAUAUGAUAUUUCCUACAGCAUAGUUGGCAUAUUUUUGCAUGUAUAUUGUAUAGUGAAGCUCUCACAUUUUUGUAAAACUCAGAAUGGUAGAUAAAUCAGUAUAAUUAGUUGGUUACUUCUUCAAUGCUAGACAGUAAAAACUCAAAAAUAUAGUGAAGCUGUCAUAUGACUCUAGGUUACUUCUUCUAUGCAAUUUUUUUUUUAUUUUUAUGGCAAGGGAAACCCACAGUCGCUACCCUUUUGGUGCGCACAGGGUAAAACCCCCGCUCCUACGCAAUAGCUCGCAAAUCACAUAGGAGAGGUAACCUGCACUGGGCAAGCCUGGUGCAACGAGCUCGACCCAGAAGGCAAACCUCUUGCUUUCGCUUACAAGGGGGUUCAAACUUGAUACCUCCAACAUGGAAGUCCCAAGCUCAAACCACUGGGCCACCCGGAAGGGUCUUCUAUGCAAUUUAGAUGGCUAAUUUUCAUGGUUCAGUAAGAAGUCUUUGCAUCACAUUUGGUUGAUGCAUUAUUUUUUGCUAUUGUAAGAACUCCUUGAUGACAUUCUUUAUUAUGCCAAUUCCUAAGGAAGACGGACCCUUGUUUUCUUGAUCAUUAAUAGCAUGUUCAUAGUGCAUAGUAUCAUUGCCCUUUUGUCAUAAUCCUUCGCCAACACCAUUUACUUAUGUUCUGAAGUACACUCCCAAAUUUGUUCAUCGUAUCAAAUGUGUUUGAGCUUAAUUUGAACUUAAAAACAAUAUGUUUUCAUGGUCUAGAUAUGCAUUGUUCAACUAUAGAAGAUACUCAUGUUUCACACAGCAACAAAAAAAUUUGAUCAAUAUCAAAAUCUAUUUAUUUAGUUUAGUUUAUCUUGUGCUUAAUUUUUGUCUGCCUAGGUGUUUUCUUCGUGGCAAUUGAAAAGCCUACCAUCUCUGGCCUUCAGCGGCAAAUCCCUUUAUCUUCAAUUGGAUUUAGUGAAAUGGCACCUACCAGGAAUACUGAUCUUGCUGAAGCACUGUCCUUGCUUGAAGAAUCUUUAUCAUAAUAACUUUUUAUGAAUUUACAUUCCAUGUAUGACAAAAAAAAUUGUUUUAUUGCUCUUGUUGUUUUAUUGCAUUCUCUGCAAUGUUUGAUUGGAACUUAUUAUCAGGUACACUAAAGAUUUGGCAACAUUUUGGUUUCAGACGUUGGCAAGACACUAACCAGAGUUGGUAUAACUGGGAUGUGUUGAGCACUGACUCUGGCAUUUUCAUGUUUUUUUUAUAUGAACAUAUUUAUUUUCCAAAUUUCAUAUACAUUGUCCCUACUAUGAAAUGUGUGUGUUUCUCUACUAUAUGGAAAUAGGAUGAUUUAUUAAUCUUCCUCUUCUAUUUACUCAUUAUAUUGGGAAUCCUGAGAAACCAUCAAGUAGAAACAUAUUAUAUCAUGUUUUUGCUAGUUCUCUGUUACUCUCCCAAAAAAAAAAAACAGUAUUCAAAGUGGAACUAAUUUUCUGAACUUGUAUGGUUUUAUUACUUUAUAUGGAUUGUUUGAUAGUAACUAUAGAUGUGUUCUCAUCUUGUGUUACCCUAGCAAUUUGUAAUUUUUGGUCCCUAUCAGUGUCCGUUAUAAACUUGGGUUGGUACAACUGUUGACGGGAUAUUUUCUCUUGUGCUUAUUUUAGAACACACUCUCAUGGAUUCGCCAUAUGAGUUUGAUGCGGAUGAAUAUUCGAAUGUGGUAGAUUCUCCUGUCCAGUGCUUGACUCAUCAUCUCAAGAAGGUGGUGGUAGCUGGUCAUGUAAUGAAGAAGCAGGUGAUUCAGUUUCUGGAAUAUUUGUUCGAGCAUUCCGUGGUGUUAGAGGAAGUGAAGAUAUUCGCGGAAAAGCAGGCAUUGACCUUUGGCCCAACUAAUUUCUUCUCUAAUGAAAGCACCAUUAGCCUCUGCUUCUGCGUCUGCUGUAUUGCGCUUCUACUGAGGGAAACCCGCAACCACUGCCCUUUGGUUGCGCACAUGAUAAAACUCCGCUUCUAUGCAAUAGCUCGCAAACCACAUAGGAGAGGUAACCUACACUAGACAAGUCUAGUGCGACGAGCUCGACCCAGAAGGCAAACCCCUAGCUUUCGCUGGCAUGGGCUUUCAAACUUGAGACCUCCAACAUGGGAGUCCCAAGCCAAGACCACUGGGCUUGGGACUUAUUUAUUGUGAGUGGGAAAUGCUUGUAGCCGAUGGUCGAGUGUAAUUUACUGUCAACAAAGCACACAAUGGAGUUGUUGUAGGCAUUGAUUCUAGAUCUGUUGUUGGUGAAGUUCGUUGUUGUUGAAAGUGAUUCCAGAUCUACUAUUCUGAUGGCUCUGUGUUGAUCUUGGCAGUAAGAAAUGAAUAUGUCUGCAAAACAAAGAAGCAGUGUUUUUGACGAAGACCUCUUCAGUGGACUACCAGAUGCCAUCCUCAUCCAUAUUCUCUCCUUGUUGCCAUCAAAGGAUGUUGUCAACAUAAUGUUAAUUAGAAGAUUUCAUCACCUCUGGCCAUUCAUCCACACACUCAAUUUCGAACAAUGCAUGUGGCCGCGGCACAUAUGUGGCUGUUAUGCUCGAGGUAGUCGUCCAAUCUAUGAUGAGAAGUAUGUUAACUUUGUUCGUCAUGUGCUUCUUCUUCAUAAGGGCCCAACUAUUAAUAAGUUCUGCCUUAAGUUACAUUUUAGAUCAUUUUAUGAAUUUUGGCUAAGAGCAUCCGGCAGAACAAACAUAUGGCAGUAUGAUUUCCUGAGGAGUGAGAAAAGGAUGGGUAAUGAAAUUGGUACCUGGAUCCAGUUCGCACUAAAUAAGAAUUUAAAGGUCCUUGACUUGUCUUUCUAUGAGCAUGGUACAGACCACCCACAUGCUUUUUAUGAGCUGCCUAAUUGUGUUCUAAGCUGUCCUCAUUUGGUUGAACUCCGGUUGACAUACUGUAAGAUAAAUUUAAAGAGGAACAGUGAGCUCAAGUCUCUAAAAACAUUAUAUCUUGAUAAUGUUUUGCUAAUGGAACAGUCAAUGAAUUAUAUUCUAUCUGGUUGUCCGAUGCUUGAGGAAUUGACGCUGCAGCUUUGCUAUUCCCAUAAAGGAGUGGUUCUGCUCAAUUCAAAUUUAAAGACAUUGAAGCUUCACAUUAGAUGGUUUCAACCAAGGAUACGUAUCUCCUGUCCAACUCUCCUAUCAUUCGAUAUGUCUGGAGCUGUGGAGUUGCUGGAUAUUGCAAAUGUAGCAUCUAUUGCUGAAGUAUCUGUCAAGCGUAAUCUAAUAUUUGACUUCAAUGAGGACAAUAAUUACCAAAACUUGAGAAAAUUCCUCCAAAUAUUUAGCGGGGCCAAAACUCUAAAACUAUGCUCCUGGCUUGCUCUGGCAUUUUCUAUGUGGCAGUUGAACAAUCUACCAUCUCCAACCUUCAGCUGCAAAUCUCUUCAUCUUCAAUUGGAUUUUGUGAUAUGGCACCUACCAGGAAUACUGAACUUGCUGAAGUGCUGUCCUUGCUUGGAGAAUCUUAUCAUCGAAGUUACUUCUUACGAUGAAUUUACACCCUACAAUGCACUCUCCUGGAUUCACCUAUAUGAGUUUGAUGCUGGUGAAUAUCGGAAUAUGGUAGAUGUUCCUGUCCAGUGCUUGAUUGAUCACCUCAAGACGGUGAAGGUAGCUGGUAUCGUAAUGGAGAAACAGAUGAUUCAGUUUCUGGAAUAUUUGCUCGGGCAUUCCAUGGUGUUACAGAAAAUGAAGAUAUUUGCAAAAAAGAAAGCCCCUGGUAAGGCUUAUGGAACCUCUAACCCAAAUAGUCUUACAUCUGGUAAGGCUCAUGAAACCUCUGACCCAAAUAGUCUUACGUCUGAUAAAGCUUCAACCUCUAACCCAAAUAGUCUUACAUCUGAUGAGGCUCAUGAAUAUAAAGAGAGGCUUCUGAAUGCACCAAAAGCCUCUGCCGCUGCUGCAGUCUUCUUCUACUGAGGUGAACCCUUCAGACGUAUUUAACCAGAUGCUUUUAGUUCGAACAGUUUGUCUCUGGGAACUCUCUUGCAAUAAACAGCUAGCUGUUAUUGGUAUAAGGUGUAAAACUCCUGAUAACAAUAUGCACAAUGAAUUGUGCUGUGGACACAAUUUCCUGCAUUUUCUGUAAUAACUGUUGAACGGCUUUCCUGUUGGAUGUUAUUAAGUUUUUCUUUUGUGAAAUUGAUUUA